UAAAUACGAAAGAGGUUUUGUUGUAUGGAGUCCACACGAGCACGUCUCAAAGCUCCGCCCUCGACGAUUCAAAAUGAUGUUCUUGUGUGAGGGACUGAGCGAGCGAGAGAGGGGGAGAGCGAGAGCGCAAUCGGUCGGAAAUCACUUCACUCUCACAUAGGCUUUCCACAGUAUAGACGCGCGCGGUGAGCUGCGGCAAGAGCGCGAGCCCCGGCGUCCUCGGUAACUCUCAAUGCUGAACUGACGAUGAGAGCACGCGCACUGGACACUAUCGGACAUAGCCUUGGAAGAUUUUUCUGUUUUCACUUUUACGCACAGACAGUUGUGGACUGAAGGCUGAAGUUUUGGAGGAUGUUGUCGUGUGGAAUUGGAGGUUUCGGGAUGCUGUGAGUCCGGUCCGGAGUAGCGCUGGUUCGGGGUUUCCUUCCGUGCGCAAGGAGAGGACACAUCUCUCUGAUGUGCGUAACCCAAGUUGCGCGCUCUUAUUUUCUGACGUGACACUUUUUGCGACUAUAUUAGCGUACCCUUCGUAUUAAAAAGAGGAUUUUUCAUGAGAAACAAGAGAGCUCACAGCGGAAAAGGGUGCUUUUUUGUAUCGACAGGAUUGCGGUGGUGCUGAAUUUUGGAUACCCAAGCGCUUUAUUUGUAGUGUGGAAAAGGAAAGCGGCUUUCAGACCGACUCUAUCAGUCAAGACUAAGAGGAGCAACUAUCCGCUAAGCAACAGACUGACGAUGUGCCAGAGUGCCAAUGCGAUGUGGUCACGGUGGAGUGCCAUGCUAGUGUGGAUUUUGCUUCUCCUCUGCUGCUCUGCAAAUGUAGUCAACACCAUUCUCUACCAGGUGACCGAGGAGCAGCCGCCCAACACCCUGAUUGGCAGCUUGGCAUCUGACCAGGGCCUGCCAGACACAGGUCACCUUUACAAGCUGGAGGUUGGUGCUCCUUACCUCCGCGUGGAUGGCAAAACCGGGGAUAUCUACACCACGGAGAACUCUAUCGAUCGGGAGUCUCUUAAAGACUGUCGCAACCUUUUCGAGGGCGAUCCUUGUUUCCUAGAAUUUGAGGUGUCUAUUACAGACCUGAUGAAAGGCACAGGACCUCGGCUUAUUGAAGGCCGCAUUGAGAUCUUGGAUGAGAACGACAACACUCCACAAUUCUCCUCACCCGUCUUGACAUUGUCGAUCCCAGAAAACACUCACGUGGGUGCACUUUUUGCAAUUCCUGUAGCCACGGACAGGGAUUCUGGAAGCAAUGGCAUUGCUGAUUAUGCGCUAACCACCGGCCCUGAAGCUACCAACCUUUUUAGCCUGCAGGUGGCACAAGACUCUGACGAGAAAUUACCGCAACUCAUUGUAUUGGGUAACCUGGAUAGAGAACUGCGAGAUUCAUACGACCUCAAUAUAAAAGUGGUUGACGGCGGCUCUCCACCCCGCCAGAGUAGCGCCCUCCUCAGGAUCACCAUAACAGAUGCUAAUGACAAUGUCCCCAAGUUUGAGAGGUCACACUACGAGGGUGAGCUGCCAGAAAACAGCCCAGUGGGUCAUUCUGUCCUUCAAGUGAAGGCCAAUGACUCUGACAUGGGACCCAAUGGUGAGGUUACCUACAGCCUCCAUCAGCCAUCAUCACCAGUGAUGAGACUUCUAAGCAUUGACCGCAACACAGGCAUCAUUUUUGUCAAAGGCUCAGUAGAUCGUGAAGAAAUCAGCAUUCUCAAGUUCUACGUCCAAGCUAAAGACAACGGUCCUCAGUCAAAGAGCUCCAAAGCCCUUGUGACUAUCACAGUGAAAGAUCAGAAUGACAACGCACCCUCCAUUAGAAUCCGAGGCAUUGGCCUUGUAACGCAUGAAGAUGGUGUCGCUAACAUAUCAGAGGACAUGCCUGUUGGCACAGCUGUGGCUUUGGUGGAGGUAUCAGAUCGUGAUGAGGGCGAAAAUGCAGUUGUUACCUGUGUGGUUGCUGGGGAUGUCCCGUUCCAGCUACGCUCAGCAAGUGAAACAGGCAAUGACCGCAAAAGGAAGUACUUCCUCCAGACGACCACGCUACUGGACUAUGAACGGAUCAAAGAGUAUAGGAUUGAAAUUGUAGCAGUGGACUCUGGCAACCCUGCACUAUCCAGCACUAAUUCUCUGAAGGUGCAAGUGACAGACAUGAAUGACAAUGCCCCAGUGUUCUCGCCUACUUUGUAUGAGGUAGAAUUUUUUGAGGAGAACCAGCCAGGUGACAAGGUUCUGGAUGUGGUAGCCACAGACGCCGACAGUGGGACUAAUGCAGAGUUGACAUACAGCAUCACUGGUGGAUCAGUUCCUGAGGGGCUCUUUGAAAUUAACCCUAAUACAGGAGAAGUGCGUGUCAUGAGCCAGUUGGACCGUGAACAAUUAGAUCACUAUCAAUUUCUGGUCGCAGCAGCUGAUAAAGGUGUACCAAGCCUAAGAGGAACUGCCACUGUUGUUGUUAAGGUGCUUGACAGGAAUGACAAUGACCCUAAAUUUAUGCUGAAUGGUUAUAGUUUUUCAGUCCAAGAGAACAUGCCACCACUUAGUCCUGUUGGAAUGGUAACAGUCAAUGAUCACGAUGAAGGUGAAAAUGCUCGUGUUCAACUUUCUGUAGAACCAGACAAUGGAAAGUUUAUGAUUCAAAAUGGAACGUACACCAUCCUCUCGACUAUUUCCUUUGACAGGGAAAAGGAGAGCACCUACAGUUUCCGAUUGAAAGCUGUUGAUGGAGGUGACCCACCACGCUCCUCCUACGUUGGCAUUACUAUUAAUGUUCUUGAUGAGAACGACAAUGCUCCCUAUGUAACCAAACCCGCAAACUCCUCAUACAAGUUCUUGGAUCCCCGCACCAGCCCAGAAACCCACGUAGAAAGCGUUGAGGCAGAAGACAUUGACAUUGGUUUAAAUUCUGAGCUGGACUUCAAUAUUGUGGGGGGUAACCCUCAUGGCUUGUUCCGCAUCUCCUCGGAAGGUGAGAUUACGUUGGCUAAAGAGUUCACACCCAAACACAUUGGUCUCCACCGACUGGUUGUAAAAGUUAAGGACAAAGGCACGCCACCACGCCAAACGACUGCACUGGUACACAUCUAUGUCAAUGAGACCAUUGGCAAUGUUUCUCACGUUGAAGGACUUGUUGGUCACAGUCUUUAUACACCACUUGAAAUGGACAUUGCAGGUGAUCCAGAUUAUUCUCGAGACCCACACAGUAACAUUCUCUUUGCAGUCUUGGGUGGCUUUUCUGUGGUCAUUCUCAUCAUUGUGGUGGCCAUGAUCAUCAGGCAUCUUGUACUGAAGGAGAACAAAAGUGGCUACCAGGCAGGCAAAAAAGAGACCAAAGACCUAUAUGCCCCCAAACCAGGACCUAAGAGCAACAAGAACAAAAAGGCAAAGAAAAGUAAAGCGCCAAAGCCUGCCAACCCUUCUGAGGAGGAUGAGGGGGGAACUCUUCAGAAAGGCCUAAAGUUCAAUCUCAUGAAUGAAAAUGUCAACGAUAGCCCUAGGAUUCACCUGCCACUCAACUACCCUCCCGGGAGCCCAGACCUAGGGCGACACUAUCGGUCUAAUUCUCCUCUGCCAUCCAUUCAGCUCCAACCUCAAUCACCAUCUGCCUCAAAGAAACACCAGGCAGUGCAGGACCUGCCAGCCACCAACACCUUUGUAGGAACCGGGGACAACAACUCAACGGGCUCAGACCAGUAUUCGGAUUACAGCUACAAGGCCAACUCUUCGAAAUAUAGCACCAAACAGGUAGGAGACGACUUCGAAAGCAUGGCAGGGUACCACAGCCCAGGGUACCACAGCUCAGGGUACCCCAGCUCAGGGUACCAAAGCUCAGGGUACCAGAGCUCAGGCUACUACAGCCCUAGGUACCACAGCACAGGGUAUCAAAGCAACGGGUAUCACAGCAACGUGGUGUGGACUGAUGACAUGUAUUAGGGGCUGGAACUGAAUGAAUGUCAAACCAAAGCUGCACUGAUCACAAAGCAUGCACGUCACUUGAUUGUUUUAUUUGUCAACCUUUUGUUUUGCUUUCAGUUCUGUAGUAUGCUCUGAAGGAAACAUAACACAUCACUGAUUUAAAUGAAGGAGACAACAUCACACUGUCCUAUUUUAUUUUAUUUUAUUUUAUUAUUUCUGUUUGCCGUUUUCAGUUUAACAGUGUUUUUUCCUGCCACUUAAAAGAUGAACAGAACUGCUUUAGGAGUAUUUUAAAGUCAAUGUGUGUGUGAUAAUAACCUUACGACCAGAGAGAUGUGCCUUAUACUUUGAGUUUUGCUCUAAAAGACAAAUCAUCCUGCCAUUGUUUUGUUAUCUUCUGUUAGGCAAGCUUCAGGCUAUUAAUGUGUGAAUUUUUCCUAGAAAGCUUAAAAUUUUUUUGCAUACAAAAACAAAAAAAGAACAGAAUAAAUGCUGAAUAGAAUAAAACACACAGCGAGGCCAGUCGAGUAAGGUGAACGCAUUCGAAAAAUUACCAUGGCAUAUUUUGACAGGCCUUUCAAAAUGUCUUUAAUUAUUUGCAACUUGUUUAGUCCAAGAUCAAGGGAAUUAUUUAUUCAGAUUAAUGGCAGGUAAUUUCCCUGUUCGUUUUUUAUCUUUAUUGAUUACACAUGCAAGGAGAGCCUUCUUUUUUUUGUUAUGUUCAUAAGUGAAAUGACUUCAUUUAAAUUCAUAAUCAGCUACCGAUGUCUAAGUGUGCCAUCGAACAGUUUUGAAUUAUUAAACGCAGGAUUUUCUGCCAGGCUGUGAAUAAUGUCAGACAGCUACUUGACAUUAAAACUUGAUAAUACUUUUUUUUUUUUUUUUUUUUUUUGUGCUCCAGUACUGAACAAGAAAACCAAAAAUUAGUACAGUUUAUCUCUGACUUUAUUAGCAGACCUUUAAAGACAAUCACUGGAGAGUUUUUGUUUUGUUAUGCAAGUUGUAUAUUGUGAAUGUUAAUAAUCAGUUAUUUGUGCUGUUGUGUGUGUUCAUCCCAAAUGCUGUUUUUGUUCUCGGCGAUGAACAUCUUAAAUAGCUUUAUAUAGAAAAAAAGUUUUACUUAAUACGUUCUUAACAUUUUUGAUACCAAAAUUUGUACAGUUUAGGACUAACCAGCCGCUUUGAAAGUGGCGUUUUUGUACAGUUGAGGCCUGGUUGCAAGGAAGACGUUUGUUCAUAUUUAAAGCAAUAUUCACUUGUGAUGUUAAUAUGGAAAGAUGCAAUGUUUGAAGGAUGUCCUGCAGUAGCGGCUAGUUUAUAUAUUAAUGCAGCAAAUGCAUACAAGUUGAAUAUAACAUGACUAUUUGCGUUCUCUGUGGAACUGUUUAAAGCUGCAGACAUCCCCACUUCUGUUUAAUUUCUGUCAUGUGUUCUGUGUUCUUUUGUUUAUGUUUGGAUUGCAUUUUGUAUUUUUUACAAGCAAAGCAAGUUGGCUUUCAAUAAAACUUUUGUGAAGGAG